AUGGGUGAUACACUAAACCUUGAAGAUGAUUAUAUGAGUGGAGAUGAUUAUAUGAUUGAGCAUGAUAUGAAUCCGGAUGAAGAAGAACAUGUAGGAGAGGAACGUGUAGAAGCAGAUUCAGUAGCUAGUACGGUUGAUAAGAGGACAGGCAAGUCUACAGGUAAACGUAAAAGGUCAAGGUGUUGGAAAAAUUUUGAAAUUGUUGGAGAUAAGUUGGAUGAUGGUAGGAAUAAUCUUAGAUGCACCCGUUGUGAGCAUACUUAUUGCCUUGAUCUUCGUAGAAGUGGCACCAAUACUCUCUUGCGUCACAUGGAAUCAUGCUCAAAGACUCCAGGAAGCACUCCUUCAUGUGGAAACAGAAAGUUAGAUAUGAUGGUGUUUAGGGAGAUUAUAGGAUUGGCAAUCAUAANUGAUACACUAAACCUUGAAGAUGAUUAUAUGAGUGGAGAUGAUUAUAUGAUUGAGCAUGAUAUGAAUCCGGAUGAAGAAGAACAUGUAGGAGAGGAACGUGUAGAAGCAGAUUCAGUAGCUAGUACGGUUGAUAAGAGGACAGGCAAGUCUACAGGUAAACGUAAAAGGUCAAGGUGUUGGAAAAAUUUUGAAAUUGUUGGAGAUAAGUUGGAUGAUGGUAGGAAUAAUCUUAGAUGCACCCGUUGUGAGCAUACUUAUUGCCUUGAUCUUCGUAGAAGUGGCACCAAUACUCUCUUGCGUCACAUGGAAUCAUGCUCAAAGACUCCAGGAAGCACUCCUUCAUGUGGAAACAGAAAGUUAGAUAUGAUGGUGUUUAGGGAGAUGAUAGGAUUGGCAAUCAUAGAACAUGAUUUGCCUUACUCUUUCGUUGAGUACAGAAGAAUUAGAGAGGCUUUUCAGUAUGCAAAUUCCAACAUCGAGUUUUGGUCAAGAAAUACUGCGGCUGCUGAUUGCUUAAAGAUCUACGAGAAAGAGAAACUGAAGCUUAGAAAGAUGUUGGGUGAAGUUCCGGGUAGGUUUUGUUUAACAACAGAUUUGUGGAGGGCAAUCACAAUAGAGGGAUACAUGUGUUUGACUGCACACUAUAUCGAUAGUGGAUGGAAUUUGAAGACAAAAAUUUUGUCAUUUUGUGCAUUUCCUCCUCCACAUACGGGUGCUGGAAUAGCUACAAAGGUGUUGGCAUUGCUAAAAGAUUGGGGAAUAGAAAAGAGAGUGUUCACAAUUACAGUUGAUAAUGCUUCCUCAAAUGACAACAUGCAAGGAAUUCUCAAGAGGCAGCUUAGGAAAAAUUUGGUGUGUGGUGGAGAGUUCUUUCAUGUGAGAUGUGUUGCACACAUCUUGAAUCUGAUUGUGCAAAACGGAUUGGAUGUGAUUGAUGGUGCUCUAGAGAAAAUCAGAAAUAGUGUUAAGUUUGUGAGGGUGAAUGAGACUAGAAAACAAUCCUUUCAAACAUGUGUGGAAACAAUGGGAAUUGAAGCUAAGGGUGAACUACUUUCAGAUGUUUCAACUAGGUGGAACUCAACUCACCUUAUGCUCUCAAGAGCAAUCAUCUAUAAGGAAGCCCUUCGGCAUCUUGCAGAGAUUGAUACAAGUUAUCAAUCUUUCCCUUCUGAUAUUGAGUGGACAAGAGCAGAGUUGAUCUAUGAGCUGUUGACCCCAUUUGCAGAGAUGACGAAUUUGAUCUCUGGUUCAUCUUAUCCAACUGCCAAUUUGUAUUUCAAUCAGGUAUGGAAAAUUGAAACUUGGCUGAAAGCUCAAGAGUACUCUUAUGAUGAUGUGAUUUGUGAGAUGGUGAAAGGUAUGAAGGAGAAAUUUGACAAGUAUUGGGAGGAUUAUAGUGACAUACUUGCUCUAGCUGCGGUCUUUGAUCCUAGAUUGAAGUUUACCUAUAUAGAGUAUUGCUUCAAUACCCUUGAUGCGUCAACUAGUAAAGCAAGGGUGGAUCACUUGCGUAAGAAGCUGAAGAAGCUUUUUGAUGUUUACAAGAAGAAUCCAACAAAAACAGCAGCAGGAAGUUCAAAGUCAAACAAUAUGGAGCAAAACAUUCUUCCUGGAUAUGGUGACUUUUAUGCUUUCAUCUCCCAAACAGUUGGUGCUAAUGGCAAGUCAGCAUUAGACAAGUACUUAGAUGAACCGGAUAAUGCAAACCGUUUUCAAGAACUGUCUUCUAUGGCUUGUGACAUCCUUAGCAUCCCUAUUACGACUGUAGCUUCAGAAUCUUCGUUUAGCAUUGGAAGUCGGGUGUUAAGCAAGUAUCGGAGUUCACUCCUUCCUUCUAAUGUCCAAGCUUUAAUCUGCGCAAGAAAUUGGCUUAAAGGUUUUGAAGAGAUUGUUGAUCCAUUCGAAGAAGGCAAAGAAGGGGAAAGAGAAGGAGAAGGAGUUUGA